GGAAGUCCGGGUCUCAACACUCGGCGCUUGGAAUCCCCAGACGGAGAGCGAAAGAGAAAGAGAGAGAGAGAGAGAGAGAGAAUCCGAGAGAGGCCGAUUCUUCAGCUGCAUCCUCCGCGUGAACUCAAAAAAAGUCCCCUGCAUAUCGGCCACUGUAGCAUAUGCCAGAUAGAUAGCUGCAACAUCGCAAUAUUCUACCCGUGCCUUGCAUCACUGGUUCAUUGCGUUCAUCGGCCGGGAAAUUAAUCCAGGCCACCGAUCUUCUAAUCCACCAUGGAACACUCCUCCCCACUGGCCGCCAUGCAGCCGCCCUCCAUGCUCUUUGGCCACUGCUUCCGUCCCGACGCCCCGACGUCGUAUCCGACUUAUAGUCCCAUGGGCGGCCUCGGUUCCAGCCACUUCAACUUCAAAGACUUGUCCAUGAAGAGACCCUCCGCCGACUACUUCGAUGUGAAGCCGGUCCGGGGUUCUUCUCCAACGGCUAGUCUGGCGGCCGACUUGUCUCAGAAUUUCCACAUCGAUCAAAGCCCCCAGCUGGCUACGCCACGACGGUCUUUGUUUUCCUCGAAUCUGUUUGGGAAUGGCAACAGGCGUGAGCCGAUGACCACCCCUCCGCUCCCCUCAUCCUCACCAGCCCCAGGAAUGGACGUCAUGGACAUGUCCCCGCUACCCCACAAGCCAUCCUUCAACGCCCCCGACGUUGAGAUCCACUCCCCGACGUUGGAUUGUUCGCCCAUGGACACUCCCGUCCGACCGUCCUUCUCCGCCCUGCAGGAUUCGCCCUUGGUGGCCCAGAAAGAUGGUCUAGAGAGGAAACGUCCGACGUUCUUGCGCCCCUCGUUGGCCAAGACCAAAGCCCAGUCGUUUCAACUGGGCAUGUCGAAACCGGCCCCCGAGAGCCAAGCGCCCCCCUUCCGGUUUCAGAGCCGCGGGGCCGCCAAAUCCUCCCUCAGCACGUCCGCGUCCCUGGAGGACAUGUUCCACGAAUCCCCGCAGCGCGAGCGGCCCAUGUUGCGGAACCACUCCUCCAGCGGUUUGGUCGCCCACGGACGGCUGCGACCGCCCUUGAGUCGCGAGACCAGCCAUCGCGGCAACGCCUCGCCCUCUGCCGCGUCCAUCCGCAAAAGCUCCCACCCGCUGAUGCGCCCCCGCAAGAACCAGUGCCGCCGGUCCUUGAGUAUGUUUGAGAGCCCCGACGAAGUGAUGACCCCAAAACAGGCUAGUUAUUCUACAAAUGCACCCCUACAAUCGAUCAGCGAUAUCGAUAGUUCCCCUAGCCAACAGCUGCCGCACUCGAUCCCGGAGGACCAGUCUGAUUCCCUGCCGCGGAUCAGCCAGGGUACCCUGGUGGAGGUGAUGGACGGCAAGUACAACGACCGGUUCGACAACGUCAUGGUGAUCGACUGCCGGUUCGAGUACGAGUACGAGGGGGGUCACAUCAACGGGGCGGUCAACUACAACGACAAGGAGUACCUGGCCGCACAAUUGUUCACCAGUCCCAAACCGCGCACGGCGCUGAUCCUGCACUGCGAGUAUUCGGCGCACCGCGCGCCCAUCAUGGCCAAAUUCAUCCGGCACCAGGACCGCGCCUUCAACGUGGACCACUAUCCCUAUCUGACGUAUCCCGACCUGUACAUCCUGGAGGGUGGGUACAGCGCGUUCUUUUCGGAGCAUCGAUCGCUGUGCUAUCCCCAGAACUACGUCGAGAUGAACGCCAAGGAGUUCGAACACGCCUGCGAGCGCGGCCUCGGCAAGGUCAAACAGCGAUCGAAGUUGAUCCGUGCGCAGACCUUUGCCUUUGGCCAACAGUCCCCGGAGAUGGAGGACAGUCCAACCGGCCGGUGCCGGAAUCCUCCUAGUGACCGUCGUCUGCUGGGAUCACCGUUUAUUGAAAGCCCGGCGGCGGGUCGCAGCCCAGGACGGCGCAUGCUUUCUUAUUGAGCCACCGAUCUGGUGACGUCGGAUGUCCCGGGCGUGACCCCUACCUAGAUUCACCGCCGUUCUCACCAGUCGGUGAUGAACAGAGCCCCAUCUUUCGAAACACUCGUGGGAACUGGAACCAACCCUGCCUACAACAGGCGCAGGCCCGCCCCAGUCCCUUCCACUCGCUUGACACUUUCGGAUUUGUGUUUUAUUUCCUUUUUGUUUUCGGUUGGCUGGAUGAGAUUUCCAUAUUUUGACGACACGACAAAGAACGCGCCUCCCUUGGAGAGGACGCAUCGAAUUUACGACGGGGAAGAACCCCACCUAACGACCCCCA